GCCCCUUCUCUCCCUUCUUUCUCUCCUCGCCGGAUCACAGCUCGUCGCAUCGCUCACCCACCCACCUCUCCGCCGCCCCUUCUCCCUCCGUCCAUAAUUUCUCUUCGGUCGCUCCAUCUCCACCACCAUAACGUGCAUCCACCGCCUUUCGACUCUUCCGAUUUCCUCGUCGCCCAUCCGCUCGGUCGCACUCUACCGUCGUCGCCCCCUCUCCCCCUUUGACCAGCUGCGCCAGCGAUGCAGAAGGACGCAGAGCCCGCCAGCAAUGCGAAGCGGCAGAAGUCUCCGCCGAAACCGCGAGAGACGGAAUUCCUCGACCUUCGCUCAUCCGAUCCAGAGAGCAUCGGCACCGAUCAAAAGCGACAACUCGACACCCUGAUGAAGUUGCUGCGCAAGAAAAAGAAAAUAGUCGUGAUCGCUGGUGCAGGCAUCUCGGUUGGUGCAGGCAUCCCUGACUUCCGAUCCUCCAACGGCCUCUUCAACACUCUACGAACUGCAAAGAAUUCCGGAAAGGACCUUUUCGAUGCUUCUGUUUACAAAGACGACGAUCUUACCGCGUCUUUCCACGAUAUGGUGCGGACGUUGCACGGCAUGGCCGCCGAAGCUGAACCCACCGAGUUCCACCAACUCCUAGCCACGCUAGCGACCGAAGGCAGACUAUUACGACUAUACUCCCAAAAUGUUGACUGCAUAGACACUCGGCUCGAACCCCUCAGGACGAGCGUGCCGCUGCAGAGCAAGGGUCCGUGGCCAACGACGAUUCAGGUUCACGGAGGGUUGGAGAAGAUGAACUGCUCCAAGUGUGGCUGGGUUGGCCCAAUGGAGCCUCAGCUUUUCGUGGGCGCGGAGCCUCCGGAUUGCCGGGAGUGUCUGGAAAUGGAGUCCGUUCGGGAUAUUGCUGGGAAGAGGUCUCUCGGUGUGGGCAAGCUCAGGCCGCGAAUCGUCCUCUACAACGAGUUCCAUCCAGAUGCUGAGGCGAUCGGUGCGGUCACUGAGGCAGACAUAAGAGCGCGUCCCGAUGCGCUUAUUGUUGUGGGAACCAGUCUUAAGGUUCCGGGAGUGAAGCGUAUAGUGCAGGAAAUGUGCAAAUCCGUGCGAGGAUUCAGAGGCGGCGUGAGCGUUUGGGUCAACAACCAUGACCCUCCUUCGGCAAAGGACUACAACUUCGAUCUGGUGGUUCGAGGCGAUUGUGAGAAAGUCGCAACGUUGGCAAGUCUUCCGAGAUGGGAUAGCGAAUCGGACAGCAGCGAAGAAUCAUUCGUGGAGUUGGACCCAGCCGAAGAGCGAAUCCACAGCCAGGUUGAAGUGCAAAUCAUACAACAGCAGCUACCAUCACCUUCACUGAGUCCAGAUCCCAAUGCAGACGGCUUGCAUCCCGAACCAGUGCCCGGAUCGAAGAAGCGUGCUGCAACGGCAAUGACAGCUUUGACAAAGGAGAAGCCAGUCAAGAGGCCCAGAGGCCGGCCAGCGAAAGCUAUUACCGCGAAGAAGGAACCGAAAAAACCGGUCGUUAAGAAGGCUGCCACGAUCAAAGCCUCUUUCAAAUCGGUCAAGCAGACCCCUUCUACUGCUUCUACCAGCACAAUGUCAAAGGGAAAGGCUGUCACCGCGAAAAAUGCGAUAAAUCCAGCACCUAUUAGUGUCGGAAUUGUCGAUACGCCGACCACGUCCUCAGUGUCUCCGCCGCCCUCGAGCAUUCCCUCACCGAUGCGAGGAGUCAUUACUGUGAACAGCCUCCUCAAUUAGGAUCGGGAACGACAACUGGGUGCGUUCCUCGAAUACGCCGGCGAGGUUCGUCUCCCAAUACGACAGACAAUGUUGAUUUGCGGCCGCCUGUUUGGAGUACAUAUCAAGUACAUAGUUGAUUUGAAAGGCGUUUGGCGUUGAUUGGUGGGGGUGUUUGGACUAUCAAUCAAAGGCUGUGAAUUAGAGCUUUCAUUUUGUUUUG